CACAAAAACUAAAAAAUCAAAUUGUAUAAAAAUAAUAAUUAAUUGCUUAAACCAAAAAAAAAUGUACAACCCCAAUAUAUUCUGACAUCCUCAUUUUCCGGUUGCCCUAGAUUUUCUGCUCCCAUUUUUGGUUCCGAAGCUUUCGAUCCCUAUUAACCAUGGUGGUUUUUAACCGUUUGGAGACUGUGUGGACAUUUUUCCAUGUGGGUUUUUGUCAAGAGGCCAAUGCAGCGUCUGGAAUGGCUGUGCACGAUGAUUGCAAGCUGAAGUUCUUGGAGUUGAAGGCUAAAAGAACAUACAGGUUCAUUGUAUACAAGAUUGAGGAGAAGCAAAAGCAGGUUAUUGUUGAGAAAGUUGGUGAACCAACUCAAAGCUAUGAUGAUUUCACUGCAAGUCUUCCUGCUGAUGAAUGUCGGUAUGCUGUGUAUGAUUUUGACUUCGUGACAGAAGAGAAUUGCCAGAAGAGCAAGAUUUUUUUCAUUGCAUGGUCUCCUGAUACAUCAAGGGUGAGAAGCAAAAUGAUUUAUGCAAGCUCCAAGGACAGAUUCAAGAGAGAAUUGGAUGGUAUUCAAGUAGAGCUGCAGGCUACUGAUCCGACUGAGAUUGGUCUUGAUGUGAUCAAAAGUCGUGCAAAUUAAAAAGUAUGGUGUCCUUUGCUGGCGAUAUCAUACUUCCUUAUUUUGUUUAAGUGAAAUGUUAAUAGUUUGUGGGCUGUAAACCUUACUGAAUUAUGAUAUGGUUUGUUGUUCAUGUUCUACCAUAUAGUCUUGUCUUCACUGAACACAUUUCAGUGAUUUCACUUUCUAUCUUAUGAUUUGAUGUGGAGAAGCUAAUAGAAGUGCCUGGAGUGUCUUCCUAUUGUCAUGUCCACUAGCUAAGGUGUAUUACCUUUUGAGGAUAGAAAACACUUGGGUUUGUUUUUGCGACUUUGAGAAUGGAUGUUUUACUUUUACCUCCCAA